AUGACAAUUUCUUCAAAUCUCAAGCCUAACCAGUUUAUUAACGACCGCUACAAGAUUGUUGCUGCAAUCAACCAUGGAUCCUUUGGCAGUGUCUCCCUUGCCAAAGAUACAUGGUCUCGCAACUCUCUUGUAGCCAUAAAGUGCAUCAUCAAGCAGAAAGACGAUCCCACGGCUUUGGACGAAGCCAGAGAAGAAAUCGCCAUUCAUAAGCACCUCGGCCACUACAAGUACAUUUGCUCUAUUCUUGACUCAUUUGAAGAUGAUGAAGCCACUUAUCUAGUCAUGGAAUAUUGCCCUGAAGGUGACCUCUACGAAGCCAUCCGUGCAGAUAAAGGCCCAGGUCCUAACGAAGUCCUUCCAUUUAUGCUCCAAUUAAUUGACGCUGUCAAGUAUGCUCACAACCAUGGCGUCUACCACAGAGACAUCAAGCCGGAAAACAUUUUGAUUGCUCAAGAUGGCUCUGUCCGCUUGGCCGACUGGGGGCUUGCUACUACUGAACGCUACAACUCGGAGUUUGGCGUUGGCUCAGAGCGCUACAUGGCCCCAGAACUUUUCGACCAAAACAAUAUCGACUCAUACGAUGCUGAAAAGGUUGACAUUUGGUCUUUGGGUAUCUGCCUUCUCAAUAUUUUGUUUGGACGCAACCCCUUUACAUCUGCAUGCCAAAAGGAUAAGCUUUUUCUUGACUUUGCGUCUGACCGUGAAGCCCUUUUUGACAUCUUCCCAACAUUAUCUGAUGACACCUUUGUUUGCCUCAGACAUUCUUUAACCCUCGACCCGGAUAACCGUUCUUUGGACCGUUUCCGUGAGAGUCUUCUUCAAGUCGAGUCUUGGACCACAGAUGAAGAUGAUUAUUAUUAUGGCGACAACAAUGCUAUUGCUGCAACAUCUAGCCAGGUUUCUCUCUCUGAUGUUUCUGUCAAUGAUGAAUCUGUCAAGGGUACUGUUGCAAAUGCUACUGUUGUUACUCCCACUCCAGUUGUUCUCUCGCGUGUUUCUUCAUCUUCAUCUCGUCUUCCUUCUGUUGCUGCCUCCUCCAAACUUGACUCUACUCCUAUUACAACAAGCAGUGCCCCGAUUGCUGGCAUCCCUAUAAAGGUUGACGCCGCUCCUGUUGCUGUUCCUGUUGUUUCUCUUGCUUCUGCUGCCGCUGAUGCUUCGGCUUCGGCUUCGGCUUCGGCUUCGGCUGUUGUUUCUGCUGCUACUACUGCUACUAUUCCAGCAGUCACCGUUGCUACUACUACUGCUACUACUGCUACUACUGCUACUACUGCUACUGCUGCUACUGCUUCUAUUGCCACUCCUAAUGCAUCUACUGAAGCCACCACCAAAUCAACCCUUGUCACCGAACCUGUUCCUAUUGCUUUGCCUGACUCGGGUCUUAACGUUACGACCACUAAUGACCCCCUUGCUACUACAGCACCCCCUACUAAUUUGUUACGACCCCCAUAUAAUACGCCUACUAAUGGCAUUUCAACCCCAUCCCACCUCUCUGCAAGCAUCUUGGCUACUGGUACUGCCAGUAUCCCUUCUGCUACUCUCCAUAAGAUUGUCCCCACUAACAAUAACCGUGAACCUUUGCGCACUCCUCUUAACAUGUCGCACCAAAUUCUCAGUGAGAGUUUGCUCAGCCACUCUUGGAGUCGCACAAUGCAAUUCACCCCACCAAACCCUUCCUACUUUGCCAACCACCAUCACAAUGGUAUCUCCGCCUCAAACAACUCUGGAAGUUCCCGCGGUGUGUCUCAGUCCCGUUACUAUGACAAUGGCAAACGUGUCUCACAAGUGUUUUCAUCAUCAACAACAACCCCUCUUGUUCCUCAACAUGGCCGUCUCUUUAUGGAGUCUGUUACUGAAGAAGAGGACUACCAUGAUGGUGUUGAUGAUGAUGAUGACGAUGAUGAAGUCUUUGCUAUGGAUGAGCUUGGAUCUGCUCUUAGCGAUCUUGGCCGCAACAUGCAUGGCGCCCAUAUUGAUGACACGUCAUCGGUUUACUCUGUACCUUCGUUAGUUCCUUCUAAUGACGAUAGCAUUAGCAGCGUCAAUAGUAGUCGUCGCAGUGUUGUCAUAGGUGCUAGUAAUCCUGUUGGUUACUCUUCGGUUGUUCGCCGUAAUGCUACUGCUGCUACUGCUGCUGCUGCUGCUGCUGCUGCUACUACUACUACUACUCAUGCCGCGGCUUCUGCAACUGCUACUGUUUCAUCCCCAACAACAGUCUCAGCUAUAGCUACAUCCGCAGCCACCGCCAAUGCCACGACUAUCACCUCACCUCUUGUUUCUUCUUCCACCAAACCUAGUUCUAGUGCCACGGCAACACCUACUCCCUCAUCGAUUGUUAUACCCAAAAACAAUGCUUUGUGGAACUCGUUCGCUUUUGACGACUUUGAUGACGACUUUGACGAUGACGACUUUGAUGAAUAUGAGGUUCAGCGCAUGCUGGAUUUGACGGAACACUCAUUUUCGCGUACCCCGUUAUUUCCCUCGUCUCUAUCUUCUUCUUCUUCCAAGACUGGUGCGCAAGUUCGCGUGACAUCUCCGCUCCGGAGCGAGAUGGCUCUUGAAGAGAAUACUGAUGAUUUUGGGAACACAAACGGUUCUGGUACCACUGGUGGUGCUACGACUGCAAGUGCGGGUAAUAAUAAUAAUAAUAACAAGAAGAAGAAGAAGAAGAACAACAAUGCAUCAUCUACCACAAAGCUUGCGCCCAAGAAAUUUGGAUCUGGUGGGACUGGUGUUCCACCCAUGAUGUCGUCGCGCAAUAAUAACUGGGCUGUUCCUACGUUGAGUUGA